AUGAUCUCGGCUGUGCAGCUGGAUGCCUGUGUGCGGCGCUUGAUGGCCCUGGAUGCCUUUAUCGCAAUUGUCAUCAUGGCUUUCUAUAUGGACCCCAAACCCGGCUUCAUGCAGUCUUCCUACGACAUCAUCGAACUCUAUGCUGGUCGUGCACGAAUCACCAGAAUGGCCCGGGCUGCAGGGUACUCCGCGAUCGCAGCCGACAAGGAUUAUGAUGAAAACGAGUUUUCAGCUUUGCACCUGUGUGGAAAC